AGGCUGUUGCACUCUGAAACAUCACUUCGUCGACGUUAAAUCACGACCUCCGGCGGCAUUUCCCCAUCGCCAAGUUCCGGAUCAGCGACUGCUGCUCUAGUUUCGUCCCGUCUCGAUUUUGUGAUUCCCGGCGGCUUCGGGGAAGUUCUUCCAGUGAGCUUCUGCCGUUCACAAGACGGUUUCUGCUAGUCACUCAAACUGUGGAAUCUCUGCAACACCUGGUGUCGAAAUCUUCACUCGGGACUAGGGUAGGCCGGAAAUUUUGUCAAUUGGGUGGGUUUUGCAUUCUUUGAUUCCCGACGGCCUGAGAGAGAAGAAACGCGUUGGGAGGUUUCUUGGUUGCUGGAGAUCGGUUAUGGCUAGUGCGUGUUCCUCCGGUGGUUUGAAGGUUGAAAUGGCGUGCGGUAGCGAGUUUUGUCAAGUUGGCAGGGUGGUCAAACUAUCGUCGUCCGAAAAGGUGGAAAGGCCAAUGAGCGGGUUGGAGAAAGCAGAGUGCUCCGGCGAGGGUAGUCCCAAGUACAAGGGUGUGAGAAUGAGGAAGUGGGGGAAGUGGGUGGCGGAGGUCCGACUGCCGAACAGCCGAGAGCGGAUUUGGCUUGGCUCGUACGACACACCUGAGAAGGCGGCGAGGGCCUAUGAUGCGGCGGUGUUCUGCCUUCGUGGACCAGCAGGGAAAUUGAACUUUCCGGGGAACCCGCCGAACAUCCCGGAGGCGUCAACCCUGAGUCCUUCGCAAAUUCAGGCCGCAGCCGCACGGUUCGCACACGAGGGGGAGCCCACCACCAUUCCAGCAGACGAGGGGAAAACGGCUGCUAGUGGCGACGAGUGCUGGUCUUUCCUGGAGUCGCUGGUGACGGAUUCGGGAAGCGGAGGAUCGGAUUUAGGUGCAUAUCCAAUGUACGAAGGCUUUCCGGAAGAGGCCGAAUUCCCCCAUCCGCCGCCACCUGACGAUGAUGAUGGGGAGGAUUCCGUCGGCAGCUCAUACUUCCAGACAACCCUCUGGAACUUCUGAUCGUCCAUCCCAUUGGCCGGUUGCGGGGACUUCGAAUUCUCCGGCUCCAAGUAAUUCCGGCUUAUGUAGUCAGGCGGCCUUGCCUGCCGGAAUCUUUUCCUCCUUUUGCCUGCUGCCGCGUGGAUGCGUGAUUCAGGCAUUUAGGACCCACCAUAGCUUUAUGAUGGCGGGCCUAUCUUGUGUAAUGCUACCUGUAUCUGAUUUAUCACUUAGGCCGACUAGUAUGAUAUGUAGUCUGAAGCAAAAUAACAACCUUUCUAUUCGAAUGCGUUACCCUUUUCCUAUCA